GAGGGUUGAGUUUGGUUUGGUGGUGGCAGUGGCGGUGAGGAGAAUAGUGUGGCCGGACUGUAGGAGAGAGGGGUGGUAUUAUAUUUGCGCAGGGCCGCCCGAUAGGGCGCAGUAUCGUCGCGACCGCCGUCGCGUGCACGUCGAUUUUCUGUGCGUUUACGUAUAUACCAGAGACCGCGAGUGCGUCUGCACCGAGAACAUCGUUUUCCCUCCUUGUCGGUCGUAUACACUUUGACCGGCCUCCUCUCGUAUAUACUCCUUUCCUUCUAUCUUUCUCUCUAUCUAUCCUUCUCGCGCUCUAUCUCCACCUCCUCCACAUUCGCUCCUCUCUUUCUAUACCUUGUUCUCUAUUCUUCUCCUUUCUUCUCUUUCUCUCUCUAUCUUUCUUUCUCUUCUCUCUUUCCCUUUCUCUCUGUCUUUCUUUCUCUGUCUCUCUCCGUUUCUCUCUAUCUUUCUCUCUCUCUCUCUCUCUCCCUCUCACGUUAUUGGCUCUCGCUCAGUUUCUCCAUUCCAUGCGUAUCCCUCCGUGUUACUCUCCUCGAUGUUUCGCGCGUGAUCGUGCCCACUGCUCUCACUACAGUUCGCGUUCCGCGAGACACGUAUGAUCCGAUCGAGCUAGAUAAACAACAACAGAGAUCGCGAAAAAUCGAGAGCGAAUAAUCCUCGAGCAAGAGUCGUUAAGUGUUCUUUGGCCCAAGAAAAGGAUCUUCUUCUUCUUGGUUUACUUCAACCUAACCUCCCCGAUUAUAUCUCACCCCCAUUGCACGGACCCCACAAUCCAAGUGACUUUUCGACGUUCACGCAACGCGCGGCCUGUCUCGCGUUAAUUCGACGGAUACACCGAGAGGUUGGGCUUCUCGGUGCACGAAUAAUUGCCGGUAAUUGCCGCCGGAUUGUUUUCUGGGGAGGGAAAAGGGUGGUGGAAUCUCACCUCGAGCGAUGGAGUAACGAGAGCCAACGGAAUGAAUGCGCUCGUUUUCGCCCCCAAACCCGUGAUAAUAGAGGGUGAAUCAUCGUCCGAGCAAAUGCUAGGACCUUUGCCGAACAACCGAUCUUAGCUGGCUGUUCUUGCGUUGCGUGAAAAGUCUUUGGAAAAUAGGGACCAAAUCUCGGCGACGUGGACCUCGAGAUUGGAACGAUAUCAGAUAGCAUGAUAUUUUCGUGAGAGGGAAACCAAAGCUGGAGUUAUUCACAAUCGCGUGCGAACAUGUUAACGCUAGAAGAAGUUCUCGUCAAAAGUGCAGAAAGCAUGGCGAAGAUAUAUCGUUAAUGUCAUCCGUAUUAAGAGGGCCAAUCGAAAAACGCGGUCGUUCUUAAAAUACGAGAAAGGAGCGGAAAAGAAGAGGAGGAAAAGACGAAGGCUGUCCCAGUGAUCCUGUUGGAUAGAGGUCAAUGGAGCCAUCUUGAUGCAGGCUGCAAAACUACGUGGGGAUUACCCGUCGUGGUCGUCGGGCUGAUUUCAACGGUGAACAGUGGCGAUUCCACCCGUGGGUGGAAGCGCCGUUUUCAUCACCGUCAACGGCGAAUAGUACAGCCACUUCCGCUUCCUCCACCCCACGUGGCCGAACCAUUACCUGAUAAGAGCUGGAGAAGCGGCCGCAGCCGCAGCCGCCUCGGAGCUCUGAGGAGCUGGAGGAUCUGCACAAGCUGCUGCACUUCCCCGAGGAGGUGGCGCUCAGGUUGACGGAGACCGAAUACCAGCUGUUCUACCAGGUACCGCCUGACGAGUACCUAAGGCACGUGGCACAAGACACGCAGAAACUACCUGCCAGGCCACCCCCGUCGCCGAGUCGCAGCUACUGCAAUCCGAGCACCGCCAACAGCUCGACCCAGACCGAGGAAGAGUCUAACUGGCCUGUACCCAACUUCUCCUCUUCCGUUCAGACGCUCAUCAAUCGUUUCAAUGAGGUGAGCUCAUGGGUUACCCACGCGAUCACAAGCGGCACAACGAUAGAAGAAAGGCAGGCUGUAUUGUCCUGUCUCCUACGCGUAGCUCAAACCUGUUGGAAUACCGGAAAUUUUAACUCAGCCAUGGAAAUCGUUGCUGGCCUCAAGUCCAACAAGCUGAAACCCUUUUGGAACAGCGUGAACGAGCCGGUACCAGUUUUGGAAAGCCUCUCCUCCGCCCUUUUGUCAUCCGAGUAUGAAUUCGCGCUUGCCCGCUCGUUGGCUAUGCCGGAAUGCCCGGUGGUCCCAUUCUUCGGGGCUUUCUUGCGGGAAUUGCGGGAAGUCAUCGCAUUCGAGUCCAAGUCUCAGUACGCAGAAUGCAAGGACAACCGCGAAUCACCACGCAGAAGCAGCAAGGAUGUCGAGUCCGAAAACGUGUCAUCCUCGGGGCAAACCACGAAGAUCGCUAUCGACACUGGCACGGAAUCAUCCACGGAAUGGAACACGAGGAACAGUUCUUUGAGGAAAAUAGAGAACACCCCGAUCCGUGACACUGGCUCUGUCCUCGAGAAAAUCGGCGAAUUUCAUAAGCAUCAGCACGCUCGAGGCAGGGACGCGACAACUGGUUCGCUCCAUCGCACUCUGAGCAUUCACACGACUGCGAUUGAGCAGACUUACAUGGCCGAGGAAUGUGACGAGAACGACUAUCAUUUCGAUCUCGACUCCUACAAACCGGUGCAGCCAAUCACGAUCGACCAUGGGGUCGCCUUAUUUCCCGUCGCCGCACCCCACACAGGAAUGGAUCUGCAUCUAUUGCAGGUGUUGCAUCACGGGACGACGUUGGUGCACUGGGACUGCGAGGGCGGUGCCACGAGGACGGCGUUGGUUUUCGCGCGAGUGGAUCGUGCCUGCGGCACCUUCGUCUGGGAGAAACCGCCGUGGAGCCCGUUGAAGACCGCGCAGUUAGGCGGCACAGCUUCCUCCACGGAGUUCUCCCUAACUGCCAAUCCGGAGGACACGGUGCCGGCCGGCCUUCUGUCCAAGUACGCCGCCCAACAACAGGCCGAUUGCGCCUCCGUCACGUUGGAGGAGGGUUACCUGAACCUGAGCUCCGUGAAGGAGGUGAUGAUCGGUUGUUGCGACCGGGACAGGGAGACCGAGCUGAGAAGCAUCUGCAAGAGGUACGGCCUGUCCGGAUCCGACUCGUGCAUCGGCCUUAUGUACGGCUCAAGCCUGCCGGACAAUCGACUGAUCUUUCUCCUUUGCCCCCCUGCGCUUAGCAAAAUUUGGUAUAUGGGUCUUUGUUGGAUAUUAAGAGGCCUGAAACGGCAACAACAAUUAACGGAUCGUAGGUCGCGAUGGUUGAAAGAGAAAUAUCUUCAGCUUUAUUUCGAGGAAGGUUGCCUCGAGCCAAUGACAGCUGACGCUAUAAGGGCUUUCGGCGGUCGCGAUUGGUCCAUGACUGAAAGUAUUGGAACGCUUUCACCGACGAGUAGCAGUAAUCUUCGUAAACGAAACACCAAAGGGAAGAAAACGAAAUCUAUCGGCAAUAUUCACGCGUUAACAAAGGAUUUGAGCCUAAAGCAAUUCGACUCCUCGUCUUCGGAUGGAGGCUUAUCAACGGCCCCACUUCGGCAUAUUACGGGUAGCAGGGAAUCCUUGACGAGAAUCAUACCGGCAUCCCCACGGUCUAGCAGGGAUCGAGUGCCCCCACGCAGCCCUCCCGGAUCAGCCGAACGAAUUAUUAGUUCCAACUUGCCUUACUCCAGCUUUCAGAGCCUAUUGUGCGUCGCCAGAGACAAGGAUAAGAAUGGAUCGGGAAUGUCGGGUGGGCUGGAGGCACCUUGGCAGGUGAAAGCGCGCACCACUUCCAUAAUGUACGAAACGCAGUUGAACUUUGUCGAGUUCGUCGCUUUGUUCCGCUCGUUCAGCCUGAGAGCGAGAAAGGAUUUGCGCGACUUGUUCGGCCAACUGGCCAUCACUUGCCGUAGCCAGAGCGACGGCUCUUUGAGAGACUUCAAUGUACGCCCCCCCGUGUUGAGGCAGACCAGUGAUGCGACCCCUCAACGAAUCGGUCUUUUAACGAGGAAUAAUUCCAUAGACUGUCGUGAGUACAAAACCAGCAGCAACCUUCAAAAGAAGCAAGUUUUUGACGCGGUGGCUGCAGCCAGUAUCGUUAAUAAUUGUUCCGGCGUUGAUACCUCGAAAUCCCAAGUAAUCACCCUGGCGACAUUCACUAAAUUUUUGGAAUCUCGUCAACAAGAGAAAUUGACCGACGAUGAGAUCAAGGCGCUGGUCAAGCGACACGAGCCGGACCCAGGGCUACGUACACAAUGGUGUUUGUCUUUCGAGGGCUUUGCACGGUACAUGAUGGACAAGGACAAUUAUGCUUUCCCAAACGAGUAUGCAACGCCGUUCGAGACUGAAAUGCAACAGCCAUUGUCCCAGUAUUACAUCGCCAGCUCGCAUAAUACUUAUUUAACAGGUCAUCAACUCAAAGGAGAAUCCUCGGUCCAGCUUUACUCUCAGGUACUACUAACAGGAUGUAGAUGCGUAGAACUGGAUUGCUGGGAUGGCGAUGAUGGAUCCCCUGUUAUUUACCAUGGUCACACUUUCACUACGAAGAUACCGUUUCGCUCGGUCGUAGAAGCGAUCGACAGGAGUGCUUUCGUCAGUUCCCCGUAUCCUGUCAUCCUCUCCAUCGAGAAUCAUUGUUCACAAAGCCAACAAGCUCGAAUGGCCCAAAUAUUUCAAUCGGUAUUUGGGGACAAACUGGUGACCAAGUUCUUGUUCGAGACCGAUUUCAGCGACGACCCCCAACUGCCAUCACCGUCGCAGUUGCGCUAUCGAAUAUUAAUCAAGAACAAAAAACUGGUGGUAGAUCCUGCCGGCCCUUUGGCCCAUCCUCCUUUGAGCCAUCGUGGAAAAAUGCUGAUGACCGAUCGUGCGUCGUCCAUGAAACAGAUGCGAACCGAUGUGAGCAGCGCUUCCGUCGUUUCCGAAUAUUUCAGCGAAGAUGACGACGACGAGGAGGAUGACGACGAAGACGACAAUAUCGAUGAUAACUCCAUUUCCAGCUACGAAAGGUAUUUGGGCGGGACGCAGGUGGCGCAUACCCGGUUAAAAUCAGAUUCCGCGGUCGACGAUAAGUCACAGAAACAAAGUAGCCAAAUAGCCAAAGAACUUUCGGACUUGGUGAUUUAUCUGCAGGCUAUUAAAUUUCGUGGGCUGAAUACGACACCGGGGACCGCGGCGGCUAUCGGGAAAACGCGUCAUCAACCGCACACCGGGCCUGUACAGAGGCACAGUAUAGCUGGAAUAGGAGCCACCAGCAUCGGUGCAUCUUCCGGUUCACCACAAUCCCUGUCAACAUCGGCUUCGUUAGCUAGCGGCGGCAGCAAUAUUGAAAAUCUGUUCAGAUUCACUCGUGGAGUUCCAGCUUGCUUCCAAUGCUCCUCCCUGAAUGAAAGCACAGCGAAAAAGAUAUGCAGGAAACAGCCUCUAGGGGUUGUCGCUCAUGCAGAAACCCAAUUGAUACGAACGUAUCCAGCUGGUAUGCGUAUCGACUCGACGAAUUUCAAUCCUGUAAUCUUCUGGGCUUUCGGCAUUCAAAUGGUGGCGCUAAAUUAUCAAACGGACGACGCCGGGCUGAAUCUGAACGCUGCCAUGUUCGAGCAAAACGGGCAGUGCGGAUACGUCAGAAAACCUUCGGUUAUGUGGGACAAGGGUCACAUGAUGUACAGACGAUUCAAUCCAUGGGACAAAGAAUUCGACGGUCUACAUUCGGCACAUCUGACGCUCUCGAUAGUUUCAGGCCAGUACGUCUCUCCGACGAAUUUCGUGGCCAGCACUUACGUGGAAAUCGAGCUGGUCGGUAUACCGAUCGAUUGCGCCAAGCAUAAAACGAAAGUAAUACAGAGCAACGCGCUCAAUCCUAUCUGGAACGAGAAAUUUUGCUUCCAAGUAAUGUUCAAAGACCUGGCGUUCCUGCGAUUCGGCAUCGUGGAAGCGAGCUCCCACCACUUGAUCGCCCAGAGGGUGAUCCCGUUGAAAUGCUUGAAGCCCGGCUACAGGCACGUGCGGCUACGCUCCUGCAAGAACAAACCUUUGGCCCUGUCCACGCUCUUUAUCUAUUCCCGUUUGGAGGAGGAGAGCCUCGAUUACAACACGUGUUGCCGGGAUCACAAGGAGUCGUCGAAGCGGCCCUCGUCCGGCAAGGAGCCGGAAAAACUGACCACCGUCGAUCCCGGAUUGGGCGGGGUCACGUUGAAGAGGAGGAUGUUCUUCCUGAUGGUUUACCACGUGAUACCGGACGAGCCUUACACCAUACUGAAAGUGACGCAGGAGAGCACCACGCAAGAGGUGAUGCUGCAAGCUCUCCAGAAGGCUGGAAUAUCGGCGGACCGCGUCGACGAGUACAUCCUCGUCGAGGAGGUGUCUUGCGGUUGGGAGAAGAGGGACAGGGAAGAGUUGCCCACCCAACGGGUCCUGGAUCCGACCGAGCAUCCGUUGCAAGCUCAAGCUCUGUGGAAGGGGCAGGGACGGUUCCUGUUGAAGAGGGUGGGCGACGAUCCGAGCAGCAGGGCAUGGUUGGCCUCGAUCAGAAGCACGGCCGGCCACUCGAAGCUCGACUCCGAGAGGGACACCUCGACGCAUAUCUGGGACGAGGCUGACACGUUUCUCGUUUGCAUCUACAACGUGUCCCCCGACAUACCGUACGCGAUACUCCGCGUCCCCGUCAGCAGCUCCGCCCAGGACGUUCUUGCCCAGGCGUUGGUCAAGGCCAGAAGGAUGGAGGAUCCGAUAAAGUUCGCUUUGGUCGAGGAGCUGGAGUGGGGCGGGACAGGGGCUGUUGGGAGCGGUAGCCGCCAACUGAGGGUGUUGCGCGACGACGAGAACGUGUACAGCACCCAGGCGUUUUGGAAAACCCUUGGAAGAUUCAUCAUGAGGGAGAGGGAGCAAGCGAUACCCAGGCGGCACCUGUUGCCGGCCACCUUGGACAGGCUCAGCAAAGGCUUCUCCGUGGGGAGGUCGGUCUCCUUGCCCGGUUCCAGCAAGGAGAAGGUCCCUGUCUCCGAAGCCCUCUCCGACCCGACCUCCAGAGGGCUCAGGCAUCGCCUGCUGAUGCACGGCCGUAGGAGGGAAGUUCACUCGGACGGCGAGGAUAGCCGCGAGUCCGAUAUCUUGAACGCGGCCCUCCACUUGAAAAAAGUGUCGUUGAGAAAGUUGAGGGUGUGGAAGUCAUAGUGGCAGUCAAGGGCGACGUCGAUAUCCUCGAUCUUCGCCACUCGGAGAAACCAACCGUAAGUUACGAUUGAUUGAGAAAUUGCAUUGCACAGGGGGUCGAACGUGAGAGAAUUCGAGAGAACCUUCGAAUGUUCGUGUCGUUUUUUUAAAAAAGAAAAGAAAAGAAACGCUCCGCUCGAUAACCAGAUGAUUCAUUGAAACUGGUUAUGGUAUUAGUAGAAAAAAAAAAAAAAAAAAAAGAUGCCUAAUCGUACUCAACACUGCUUAAAAUAUGCUGUAAAUCUGGAUCUUUAAAAAAAACGUUAUUACUUGGAGAUGGAACCAGUAUCAUCGGUUGAGACAGAGUUUGAUUGGACGUAAAAAAAAAUUGAGAAAAGACACGCUUGAAUAUAGGUUUGAGAAAGAGAGAGAGAGGAAGAGAGAGAGGAAGAGAGAUUAGGGAACGCAUUAUUAACGCGCUGCCUCAAAUUUUUAUGAAACUCAUCAAUGAUUUCGUACGCUGAUAAUAAUCUGUUUCGUCGCGCUGAUAAAAAACAGUGGAUAUAAUUUGUGUCUCCUCUUUUGUUUAAGCUUUGAAAAUGAUGAAUUUUAUAAAUUAUAUAGUAUCCUUGACAAUUCGUUACUUUUAAACUGUUCAUCAUCAUCAUCGUCAUCAUCACUUUUCUAGUCAUAUUAUUGAUAUUAUACAAAUAUACAAAUGUUACCAUGAUCUCCAAGAAAAUGAGUUCCUUGAAGAGAAGAGUACCGAAGGAUAGUCCAAAGAUAAUAAUAAUAAUAAUAAUAAGAAUAAGAAUAAUAAUAAUAAUAAUAAUAUGAUAAUGAUAAUAAUAAUAAUAAUAAUAAAAGAAGAAAUAAUUUUAAUCGCAAGCUUUAAUUUCGAAUUUAGAUUGAUUCUUUUGGUUGUAAAUUAAUGUACAUCUGUUUUUCCAUAUUUUUUUACACAUAUGUAUAUAUUUUUUUAAUCUAUACAAUAUAUUUUAAUACACGUGUAUAUUUAUAUCUAACUCUAUUGAAAAAGGAACAUUUGCGUACAACAUUGUGAAGGGAAAAAAAAUAUGGCUUCGAAAAUAUGGGUUUUAUCGAGAGAGUAUAGAGGGGGAACUUUUACGGGUGAAAAAUCUAUCGAGCAUUUAAUUUUUUUUUUUCGAAAAUGAAGCCGAUCAAUUUUUCAAUUUAUUCAAAAAAAUAUGGAUACAACUUACAGCGGGACCUGAUGAUUCAUUUUUAUAAGCAUUGACUUGUCCUUCGCUAAUGAUUAACGCUUGCACUUUAAGUACCUGACUCGUUUUUAGAAGUUCUUUUACUCAUAAUAUAAUCUUCUAACAAAAUUGUUAUACAACAAACGCGAUCAAUGCAAUCAUAUCGAUCAUGCAGUCGCAAAAUUAUUAAAUUUUGUAUUAAAGUUCUGACAAUCGAAGAAUAUUAUUUGAUUCUAUACGUAUAUAUGUUUCUUUUUUGGAAAAUUUUUACUUUUUUAACGACAAUAUUGCAAUAUCUUUUUACUUAUCGAAAUAUUCGCUCUUUUUUUAUAUUUUGAUUAUUUUUCAUAGUAAAAAAAAGACAAUAACGAAUUGCUUCUCUUAUUGCUUUUUCAACUUCAAAUUUUUUGAAAAUAAUAAAUUCUCGAUAGAAAUUCGACUGCAUGAUUUUUUUCCAAGAACAUUCAAUAAACAAAAAGAAGGAUAUAUCAAAUUUAUUUAUCUCAUCCACGAAAAAUAUAAAAUUUCCAUGACACCAUAAUUUUCUAUUUCUCCUCUACACGCGUUGCAUACCUCAUAUUCGGAUUAAUAUUUUAUUUCCACAUCGCUCCAUCCCCUCCAUCCCACUUUAUAGAAGACAAAGUAGCCAAAGUACUCUAAAGUAAGAAUCUACGUCUAAGUAAAACGAUAAAAAAGAAAAAAAAAAAAAAAUGACGAACGAGACGUCUAGUCAAGCUCUAUCAUCGAUGUAUGUUUAGAGACUCGCACUUCAAGUAAGAUAUAUAUAAAAUUUUAUAUGAAACACGACACUGUAAACUCGUCCAUAAUCGAACAAAGCAGCAUUCUAACCGAGAGAGAAUUAUCAAAAAAGGAAAAAGGAAAGAAAAGAAAAGGAAAGGGGGAAAAAAAACAAAUUCUCGAAAUCACGCAGUGAAAAGAGUAAUACAAAGUAAAAAAUUAACUUGUUACAGCUCUUAGUAUUUAAUAAUAAUAAUAAUAAUAAAGAUAUGAAACAACAGUAUUAUUUCCAUGUUCCCAUCGAUCGCGUUGAAUGAAACGAACUUCGAUCAUUCAAACGAACGCUAUUCAUUCUAGUCUUCAUACGUACUGUGGAGAUUUGUUUUUAAUUAAUUCGUUAACGAGAACGAAAUGCAGGCAAUAUAUAUUGUAUAUGUACAUAUAUAUAUAUAUAUAUAAAUAUAUAUAUAUAUCCUCUUGUUUAAUGAUCGUCCGAUCAUCCGAGGAUCAGAGAUUUUUUUUCUGCGCGAAAUUAAACGAGAGAUCUUUAGCGUGAAUUCAUUGCUAUUAUUCACAACUCGUAUUUAAUAAAUAUAUAUUGUUGAUAUUGGCGAAAAGAAAAGAGAGAGAGAGAGAGAGAGAGAGAGAGAGAGAGAGAGAGAGAGAAAAUGUAGAUGAUCGAUGUUACUUUUACAAUCAUAAUAAUAACGCCUCCCUGUCCCUCGACUAUUGUAUAACUGCGAGUAUAUUAUUAUUAUUGUAGAUUAUAAAAAAUGUAUGAGACCAAGGAGUGUCGAUCAAUAAUAUUUUUCAAUAUUCCGAUUGUUUAAAGAGCAGACAGUGCAUCAGUGGAUCGGAUCGAUCCCUUCCAAUCGGAAUCUUUUGCCUAAUUUUCAUGGUAUAACUCUUGUAAUAUGUACAAUAGAUAAAUUAGAGAGGAGAGAGAGAGAGAGAGAGAAAGGGAGAGAGAGGGAGAAGAUAAGGUGAUAUAUAAAAUCUACCUACCACGGAGGGAGGGACGCCACGAGUGAAUAUAUCAUCCUUUGUCUUCCAUGCAUAAUCAUCCUAACGAAUAUCAUAGUUUUCAACGAACCAUGGACUGACAGUUUCGAAGCGCUGAUUCUAGAAUUUUCUAGAAAUUUUCUGAUUCUAGAAGCGGCAAAGCAAAGUCGUUGUGUCUCAAGAAAAGUUUGUGGGUAUUUUUGGUUUGAUCGAAGGAUUUAAGAAAAAAAAAGAAAAAUGAAAUUUCGUAUAUAAAUAUUUUACGAUCGAUUAUCAGGAUAAUGCCGUUUCCGGAAUUGAAUAAAAAUGAUGGUUUUAGACAAUUUCGUGGCGUCCCUGUGCUCCUCGAUAUAUAUUUUUGGACACCACUUCCUUCAUCCAUAUUCUACCCCUUUUUUCGAAUAUAUCUAACAAUAUAUAUUCUCGAAGCAAAAUUCCAAGAUUUAAUGGAGAAAUAAGAGAAGAAUUUAUACUUUACAUUUAAAUUUAAAUCUUAUUUUUCAAAUUUUGUAUAUUCUUUUUUUUUAUUAUUAUUAUUAUUCUGUAAUACUUGAUAUUAUUCAUUUAUCUAUUUUUAUUAGCAUAGCAAAUUUUAAUUUUACGAAAAUCCACGUUUCGAAUAAUCUAAAUUAUAUCGAGAAAUUGGUACAAAAUUUCUAUUCCGAUGAAAUUUUUUUUUUUCUAAAUCUAUUAAUCAAAAUUGAACGCUCUAUAACUCUCUAAUAACAUAUCUAUCUUUAAAAAUCGUGACGCUUCUACUAUAUUCGUAUAUAAUUUUCUACAAAUGUAUAAUCGUAACGAUAAUUCGAAACAAUUCAAAAAUAAAAUAAAAAAAGUUCAAAAAAAAAAAAAAGAAUUAAAUACCAAUUAUACGUAAUCAAAAUGAAAUAAAAACAAAACUCCAAAAGUACAAUGUCUCUGUAUAAAUAAUUAUAUUAAUUAUCUUCGAUAAGUCUUUAGACGCAACAUUUAUCCGCAUCUCAGUCAAUUCAAUAUUAAUUUCAUUCAUUUCGAUAGAUUAAAAACUCUUUUAUUAAAGAGAUAGGGAAGCAUAAAUAUCACGGUCAAUGCAAGACUUUUUACAAAAAAUAUUACACGAUGAAAAUCGUAUUUACACACCAAGAAGAAAAAAAAAAAAUACAAGUAUUUACGUGUAUGUACAGCAAACUAUCGUGGAACAUUCUGUAAAUAUAUAGGAAGCAACAACAAAGGGCUACUAAUAACGAUAAUUAAUUGUUGUAGUUUAUUUCGAUGCUCCUUGAGUCUCGGAUAAAUAAAACCCCCGCAUCGAGAGUAUCAUCGAUUAAUAAACGGACGUCUUUCGAAAUGUUAGAAAAGAGAUACUAAAAAAAAGCGAUAGAUUCUCGUACCAAGCUACUACUAUUUAUUAUUCAACUUUUCACAGUCGCAUUCGCGUCGCUACGAAUGUUUAAAAUUUCCAUUAGAUCCCAUUGAUCUUCGAGUUAAAAAAAAAAAAAACCUUGUUCCAAGUUUUCAUAUUAAAUUUUCGAACCCUUAAGAAAUGAUGGAUACGUUGUAAAGAAAAUUAUACACGCGUGGAAUGAAAUUUCACUUUUACCAGUUUCGUGAAAGAUUCGAAGAUCUUCCGAAGGUUGAUAAAUGAAAUCAUAGUCGAGAAAAAAAUGUUAUGUAAUAGUGAAAUUUCGUUACAUUUAGGAUGUAAUAAUAAUUCAAAUCAAAAUACGAAUUUGUAAUCGUUUCUCUUCCUCUAUGAAAGAUUAUUGAAAAUUAUUUUAUCGCAAUUCGAUUGAUUUCUCCUUUCGUAACGACGCACAUGCUCAGAAGUCCCUUCUUUACGGCUGAUUCCGGAAUAUUUGUUGAGAAAUAUUUAUAAGACGGAAGCUACGUUGUAUUCCACGCGAUAAGAAACAACUACUUCUUAAAACUUUUGGGACCAUACUCAUUAAUCAUAUUUUCGAACGAUCUCUAGGGGGUUAAUCAAACGAUACAGUAUUAAAGAAAAAUUUCUUUUCGUCGAUGAAAAUUAUGCGAAAGAACUGUUUGAGUGGGGGAGAAGAUUUAAAAGGGAGAGAUUCAAAAGAAAGAAAGAAGAAAAGAAGGCGAAAAGAAAAUAAAAGAUCGACGAGAUUUAAAAAAGACGCGAUCGAGUUUUGCGAAUAUGAUAAAUCGGCGGAUACUUUUCAGACGCUAUUAUCUCUAUCCCUCGAAACUUCGAAUAUAAAAAUUGUUCGUUGCGAAUUGUAGAAUUAUUGUAAAGAAAAUAAGCUGGUAGAGACUCGUGUCGAAAUUGCAUUUUAAAUAUUAUCGUCGCGUUUCGAACAAAUAUCGAUGGAUUUCACCGAGUUGAAAAGGAACAAUGAUUAUGAUCCUAGGAUUUUCUGAAUCGAUGCUCUCGGAUCUUUGAAGAAAAAAAAAAUAACGAUUGUUAUGGAAUUAUCCAUUCUCUAUUAUAUUCUCUCAAAUAACAACGAGAAUUUUUCAAUCCAAGAAAGAACAAAAUAAUUUUUAUUUUUCCUCUUGCAUUAUUUUCUAUAUAAUUUUUCACUUCAUGAAAUUAUUAAUAUCUCUAUAAACAGAUCAGACAAAUUAUUUUCCAAAUCUAAUAUUUCAAUCAAUCUGAUUAAUAAAAGUUAAAGAUUACUGCCUAUCUUUUAUUCAAAGCUCCCGAAUCAUUGAAAUCAAUUUCCUUCUUAUCAUUCCCGAAAGCUUCGAUUCGAGCAAAUCUUAUCUCGUAUCGUUCAACGUUAAAUGGUUAGGAUCGAUCGCGUAUAAAGGGGAGAGGGAACAAAUGUAAAUCGAGGCGAUCAACUCCGAUUAUCCUUUCUUUUUUCUUUUUUUUUCUGAUCGAAUCGAAUUCGAAGAGGAACAUAAACGAAGAACGUGGCGUGAAUACGAAAGAAAUAUCCUGUAUCGAUCGGGCAUAUCCCUGUUGUACAUAUCCGUGGUUCUUCAGUAGUUGUUAUUUACAUUAAAUAUCUCCCGCGUAAUGUAUUAACGACGUAUAAUAAUAAUAAUAAUAAUGAUAAGAAUAAUAAUAAUGAUUAAACCAAAAAAAAAAAAAAA